AGAGAGAGAGAGAGAGAGAGAGAGAGAGAGAGAGAGAGAGAGAGAGUUAAACUGACGAAAUUCAAUACAGAUUUAUCUCCUCUUCCUCCUCCUCCUCCUCCCUUUAUAACAAGAAGUAUACAUAUCUCGGCUCAUUACCCUCCUCCUCCUCGCCAGGUAAUAAGAGGUGAUUACUCUCUAAUUAGACAGGUAAGUGUGUGUUCGUUACCUGGGGAUCUCAUUUGCUGGUGGUGGUGGAAUUGCUACUCGGAAAAAAUGGCACUGGAAAGAAUGGCACAGGAAAAAAUGGCACAGGAAAAAAUGGCACAGGAAAAAAUGGCACAGGAAAAAAUGGCACAUUGUUUAGCCUAGGAAAAAAUGGCACACAAGCAUAUACACCGAUAUCUGAAACUGGAUAAUUAUUAUUAUGUUAUAAGUGUUCGAAGCCUAUAUUGUUAUGUUAUAAGUGUUCGAAGCCUAUAUUGUUAUGUUAUAAGUGUUCGAAGCCUAUAUUGUUAUGUUAUAAGUGUUCGAAGCCUAUAUUGUUAUGUUAUAAGUGUUCGAAGCCUAUAUUGUUAUGUUAUAAGUGUUCGAAGCCUAUAUUGUUAUGUUAUAAGUGUUCGAAGCCUAUAUUGUUAUGUUAUAAGUGUUCGAAGCCUAUAUUCGAAAUCGAUCAGAAGUUUUCUUGGCUCACGUUGUGAAUAAUUUGAUUAGUGGACUCUGUGGACUUUUUUUGCGAUGGAAAUUAUCGAAAGCAACAAGGGAGGUCUCAAACUGUGUUACAGUGGAUACAUGUAUACCAAGCAGUGGUCAAGAGGUGAAACGGUGCGGUGGAGGUGUGUCAAGCGAACACUUUCAUGUAAAGGGGCAUUAACAACAUCUCUUCAAAAUGAAAACCCAACACUUUUAACAGAACACAAUCAUGAUGGUGACGAAAGUGCUAUUGAAGCAGCCAAGUGUAAGUCUAGAAUGAAAACAUUAGCAAAAACUACCAGAGAUAAACCUGGUCAAAUAUACGCCCAAAAUGCCUUAACCAUGAGAACCCAAGCGCAGGCUCAUUUCGUAUCACAAGAACAUUGUAAACGACUGAUUCGGCAUCACCAAAGCGCCAAUCAGCCUCGCGACCCUGCUUCAUUACAGGAACUUGUUAUCUCGGGAGAAUGGGCAUCAACAGGUGGACCAGAACCACAACCGUUCCUGAUUUAUGACAAUGGUCAAGACAGUAACAAUCGCAUUAUUGUUUUUGCAAGUGAACAGACCCUACGACAUUUAGCAAAAUCAGACAUCUGGAUGAUGGAUGGAAAUUUUGCCAUGGCCCCUCUUAAGUUUACACAAUUGUAUGUAAUUCGUGUUCCUCUCGGAAACACUGCUGUCUCCGUUGUUUAUGCAUUCCUUCAACACAAGACUCAAAACACCUAUGAACAACUUUUUACGGCAGUUCUUGAGAAAUGUGCAGAGUACCACCUGUAUCCAGACCCUAGAACCGUUAUGCUUGACUUUGAACAAGCAACUCUACAGGCCAUCACGGCAAUACUGGGAUCGGAAGUUACUAUUCGCUGCUGCUUCUACCAUCUGACACAGUCAUCAUGGACAAAAAUACAAGAGUUAGGGCUGGCAACUGUGUACAAGGAAAAUGAGGAUAUAAAGUUGUUCUGUGCUAUGGUCGACAGUUUAGCUUUCCUUCCCCUAGAGGAUGUGUCUGCCGGCAUGAAUUACCUCAAACACAACACACCAGAGGGCAUGGAGCCUUUCGUCACUUACUUCGAUCAGACCUACGUAACGGGAACUUAUCGACGAGUCCAAAGACAGCAAGAUGACAAUGAGAUCCCAAGAGUUCAGCUCCGCCUCAUUCCUCCACGGUUUCCUCCAGAAAUCUGGAAUGUGCAUGAAGCAACUAUUCGAGACGAGUCUCGCACGAACAACUUAUGUGAGGGAUGGAACAAUCGAUACAGCAGGUUGGUUGGUCACAGUCACCCAACAAUAUGGCGGGCAAUCCAGUGGAUCCAAGCUGACCAUGCUGUUGUAGCUACCCAGUUGGUGCUAGAAUCUCGUGGCGAGCCUCCCAAGAAACGGCAGAAGAGGGUGUACAAGAAUCUACAAACACGAAUGAAGAACCUCUGCCAAGAUCGCCGUGAUGGUCGCAAAUCAGUUGAGGAGUUUUUACAUGGAGCGGGUCACAACAUUCGAUGGAAGUCCUAAGCAUUAUAAGAAAAGUCAGUAAAAUGUAUAGAAAUAAAGUGUGAACAAAUUUUAGCUGAUUGUACUGUCUGAUUGUAUCGU